UAUACGUCACAAAACAACUGUUGAAUUUGUAGUUUUUUUCCUCUUUUUGCUUUGCUGACGAACCACAGCCAGUUGUCAGAAGUGACUAUUGUAGCUUUCAGUAUGGGUCGGAGCUAUAUUGUUGAAGAUGAUGUGGAGGGAUAUCUGUCCAGACUAUGUUCACAGCUAGCAGGUCCAGUCACAGGUCUGCUUAUUGGACAGAGCACGGUCCAAAGGGAUUUUGUUGUUAUGACAACAAGGACACCCCAAAACGACGAGUCUGCAGACGGCGGGAAGUCGGUGGACAAAGAGUGGGUGUCUGAGCACGCACGACAGGUAUCCAGGAUGCUGCCUGGUGGCCUGUCUGUGUUGGGAGUUUUUAUAAUCAGUGAGAGUGAUGCCAAGGACACUCUAACCACACUCCGACAGUUGGUGUUUUCGGUGGAGAACCUGAUCUCCUCGGAGCGGCUCUGGACGCCCGCUGAUGAUGAUGUAACAGACUGCGUCACGCUGCACGUCAACCCCAAAACCAGGAAAACUGUCUGCAGAACGUUUGACGUCAAAGACCCCAAGAGUGUGGCCAAACCAGCAGACUGGAAGUACCAGUCAGGUGUGUGCUCUUCCUGGGCUACGGUGUCCUGUUGCCUGAGUGUAGACCUGAUGGUACCACUCCCAGAAAACAUGGCCUUCACAAGAAACAUGGACGAUUGCCUUAAGGAGGAGCUGAAAGUUUGGGCACAGCAGAUUGAAAGGGGAGUUUGUCUCAUUGAUGGAAAGAAGCUGCCAGAGGACUCGGAGCUCAAAGCAGGACAGAAAAAGAAUGUGAGACAGACCAUCUCAGCCCAGUUGCUCAUCACACCGGAUGUCCAGACGGCAGCAGAUGUGGUUCAGCGGUGCGGAGGCUGCGUGUCGGUCAGAGGAGCGAUCCACAGCAGAGCUUUCCUUCACAGCAACAAACCAAAAGCUAAACUGGCUGAGAAGCUGCUGAAGAGAGAUAUCGUUUCUACGGUGGCCACAAGAGUUCAGAUGCUGUUGGAGGAGCCGCAGAAACAAAAUGAGGAGAACAAGGGCCGGAAACAGAUGGAGCAGUCCUGCCUCCCUCGUCGUGUCUUCUGCCCAGUGAAAUCCACUGGCCCGCUGAGUGUGUGUGACUACCAGUUUAGCGACGAAGGAUUGUCAGAAAUGACCGACCGGUUCAAGGAGAUGUUGGACAUGGACGCAGCCGAGGAAGACUUGGACGCCACUUGCGAAAUUAUUGCAGAAGUCAUAGAGAGCGAGGCGACAGAAGAAGAAGAACCAGCAGAAGAGAAUGAGAUGCUGGAUCCCUGGAGAAACAACUACAUUGGUGUUGCCAUGGCUACUGCUGUCGCCCUGCUGGCCUUGGCUGCAUCAAUUAUGUAUCUGAGCGACGUCUGAGGCUCUGUCCAAACACUAAAAUGAAGUACUUUGUGUCAAACACUUCUGGAAAAUCUCUGACUGAUUCAGAGAGCAGAAGGCGGCUUCCCAGAGGAGAUGGCGACUCCACUCGUUUGAACAGUUCUUGUUGAAAUUGAACGUGUUUUACAUUACAUCCUAUUUGGAGAAAAAAAGAGGCUUGGCAUUAAACACUUAAUAAAAA